GAUACAGUUUAUUGCCUCUUCCAUAGGAAGCAGCAAAAUUCAGAAAGCGACACAAAAUUCCCCCACAAUAUAUAUACGUAUACACAUACAUACGGUGGUUUAAAUUCCUUCAACACAAAGAAACUUUUUGAGCUGAAUCGCACCUGCAUUUCAUUAAUUAGAAGAUGCGGACCAUGGCGAGUUCCGCCUCAUCCAGAGGCAUAGCCGCCAUUGUGGGCGUUGGGCCUAAUCUUGGACGCUCCAUCGCUCGCAAGUUCGCCCAUGAAGGUUAUACAGUUGCUAUUCUAGCCCGUGACUUGGAUAGAUUAUCUAGAUUUGCUGAUGAGAUAGCGAGGGAAGAGAAGGCGCAGGUAUUUGCUAUCCGAAUAGAUUGCUCCGAUUUACGAAGCGUAAGAGAGGCAUUUGAGGGAGUUCUAUCACUGGGUUUUGUGGAAGUCUUGGUUUACAAUGCAUAUCAGCCAGUAUCUUGGAAUCCCACUAAUUUCACCGACAUUAAAGUCGAACAAUUUGAAAAAUCUAUCGCCGUCUCCUCCGUCGGCGCCUUCCACUGCGCUCAACAGGUAGUACCAGGAAUGGUGGAAAGAGGAAGAGGGACGAUUCUGUUUAGUGGUUGCUCAGCUUCUCUUAAUGGCAUUGCCGGCUACUCCGAAUUAUGCUGUGGAAAGUUUGCAAUGAGAGGGUUAUCCGAAUGCCUGGCAAGAGAGUUCCAGCCACUUGGAAUACACGUGGCACAUGUCAUCAUCCACGGCAUCGUCGGCGCACCUCGGGGGGCAAUCCUAUCCAAUUCACAGCAAAGCGUACGAAGGGAUGGAUUGAUGGACCCGGACGCGCUUGCCCAGACCUACUGGUACUUGCACAUUCAAGAUAGAUCUGCUUGGACCCAAGAGAUUGAUCUUCAUCCUUUCAACCAAAGAGAUAUGUAGAAACAAGAAUAUGUACUGCUAUAAUAAGUUAGACAUUUUCAAUUUAGUGCGGUAUUGUAUGAUGAUUGAUUGGGAUUUUAUGUACAUUUGAUUUGGU